GUCCCCAUUUCCGUGCUGUUAUUUAAUUAUUAGGUUUUUAAUUUUCAACUAUCCUCACUGAAAUUAUUUCCUUUGUUGAAAUAGGGUCUUACGCAGUCGCAUGAUUACAAAUUUUGAGGAAUGGGCAGAAGAUAAUCCUGCUCCGGCUACAGUUAUGAUCAUAUCAGAUCGACUGGGUUGGCGCAUGUCCCAAUCAUCACUUCUACAGAAGAGUAACUACAACUGUCUUUUGGCUUAUUCAGUUAGGCCUUUUGUAAAGCCAACCCUGCUCACUUCUGCUGAGUGGCUCUGGGAAAGCUUACUUGCAGUUUCAGAGACAAAAAGACACAUUCUUCAGACGUGCAGUGGAAGUGAAAUGGUUGUUGCAUCUACCGGUAUGUUUUAUUGCGAUUUGUGCGACUAUGAUUACAAUAGCCUGGAUGAUUUCAAGAAGCAUCUCUCAAGAAAAGAACAUACAUAUGAGGAGCACAGAAUGCUUUCGCAUUCUCAAUCUUUUCCUCACCGGCAAAGGCAAUUUAAAAUAUCCAAGUACCAUGAUGAGGUAGGAUAUCCUCCCAAGACCAAACGUAUGAGGAAAGCACCCCGGAAGUGUUUUCUCCUAAGACCAUUACGUUUUACUAGACGCUGAAAUCGUGUUUACUGAA